AUGGGUCCUCUCCCCGGCGAUUACAGCCCCAUUCCAGAGGAUUCUCAGGCUGAAGAGAUGACAGUAGAGGAGGCUGAAACGACACAAGAGCUACAGUUCAGCAGUUUUACUGCAAAGGACUUUCGCCGGAUUAAGGUUUUAGGCAGAGGAAGCUUCGGCAAGGUUCUACUAGUAGAGUAUCUUCCAGCAAACAUCUAUUGCGCUAUUAAAGUGCUCAAGAAGGACAACAUCGACUCCACUGAUGAUAUAGAACACAUUUUAACAGAGAAGCAAAUUGGACAGUUGGUGAAUCCACACAGUUUUAUAGUGGACUUAUACGCCACAUUCAGCACCAAAAACCAGCUGUUUUUCAUCAUGGAGUUUGUGGCAGGAGGCAGUUUAAGAACCCACCUGAUGAGGAGCCAGCACUUUGAUCUACAGACAACCAAGUUCUACGCUGCUUGUAUAACACUUGGUUUAGAAGGAAUUCACAGCAAGGACGUCAUACACAGAGAUUUAAAGCCGGGGAAUCUACUUAUGGAUCAAGACGGCUACAUCAAGAUCGCCGAUUUUGGGAUGAGCAAAACUGGCAUUGGAUAUGGAGACCGCACCAACACCAUGGUUGGGAGUCCUGCUUAUAUGGCGCCCGAAGUCGUGAUGGAGGAGGAGUACUCAAGAGCCGUCGACUGGUGGGCUCUUGGCGUCAUCGUUUAUGAGAUGCUCCUCGGAACGAGACCUUUCACCGGAUACGACAGGGACUUUAUAUACGAUUCCAUCGUGGAGGAUGAGCCACACUACCCCUCAUCCCUGGACUCCGAAGCAGUAAGCUUCAUAUCACAGCUGUUGAAGAAGAAUCCUGAGGAGAGGCUAGGUUCCACCCCAGGGGAUGCCGCAGAUGUAGCAGAACAUCCAUUCUUUAAUGGCAUUGUCUGGGAUGAUAUUAUCGAGAAGAACGUAACAGCGCCGUUCGUACCCAGCCUAAAUGGACCGGAGGAUGUGGGGUAUUUCGAUGAGGAGUUCACCAAACUGUCUGCGAAUCUGACCCAGCCCAAAGGACCCCCUGCUGAGAUGGCAAGCGAGAUCGAUGAAGCCUUUCUGGACUUUAACUAUGCAGCAUUUUAA